AUGAGUCGACUUGACAGAGACAAUCAUCAAGAUGAUCCAAUGGUGGCCGGAUCAAGUACUGCCUGGAUGGAGCCAUCAAGCACAGACCUCAUGGAUGAUCAUGAAGUGAAUCAUGAAGAGGAAACUCUAAUUGAACCUCAAACAGUGGAAGGAGGGGAGGAUGAGGAGGAGGCGGACAUGACUUACAAUGAAGAUGUUUCAGCUGAAGAUUCCACAGGGAUGGCUCUCUUCAUCAACGGCGCUGCCAGAGCUCAAAUGGAGGAAGGGACUUCCAACUACGAGCCAAAGGCAUCUGAUGAAUUUGUUGAAUUUUAUUCCAGGAUAAACACAACUGUUUACGCUGAAGGAAAUAACCCCUUGGAGAGCACUUCAGCCAUCAACGGUGGAUCAAGAGACCUCAGAUCCUUUCAUGAAUACAGAUGUAUAAUCCCAGAUUGUACCCAAACCAGUCUCAGUCUGUGA